AAAUGGACAAAGAUGGAGGUCGCUCGCAUCCUCAUGCUUUAUGCCGUCUACCAGGAAAUGGAAGAAGAAAUCGAACAGCAGUACCAGCGGCAGCUCGCCGUGCGGCGGCGGAGGAGAAGGGCGCUGUAUUGCCGCUACCUGUGCCAGAGACGCGGCGAGAAGCCGCGUCACUACUGCUCCGUCGAUCUGACAGUGCCGGUCCUGCAGAGGUACUUCGCCGGUGAAGACACCAGACCGGACCUGGGCGUCAGCAGAGAGGUGAUCCACGAGCUCCUGCGGUCCAUGAAGUCAGAGAGGCAUCAUGGAUGGGGCCCCACCCUGGAGACGCUGGCCUUCCUCUUCUGGCUGGCGACAGGCUCGUCGUACCGGAUCGUCUCCCUGGUCUUCAGCAUGCCGCUCCCCACGGUCCACAGGAUCAUCCACAGAAUGACAGAGGAGUUACUGGAGUUACUCCCGCGCUUUGUUCACUUACCGGACUCUGAAGAAGAGGUCAAGGCCAUCGGUGACGGGUUCGCACGGUUGUCACGUCACAGUGCUUUCGCCAAAGCAGCCGGAGCGCUGGACUGUUGCCACAUCCGCAUCAAGUCCCCCGGGGGCCCGGAAGGUCAGGACUAUCAGAACAGAAGCCUCUUUCCGUCCGUGGUCCUGCAGGCCGUCUGUGACCACCAGGGUUGCUUCCUCGACAUCUUCGUGGGCUACCCAGGCGGAGUGCACGGGGCCCACGUCCUGACCAACAGUCCCAUCUACUGCAGAGGGAGCUACCCUCCGCCGGGCUUCUUCCUGCUAGCAGACGGAUACUACCCCUGCCUGGACCAACCCCUGGCCCUCAUCACUCCGUUCAAGUGGCCAGUGAAAGGUGUGGAGGAAGAGCUCUUCAACUAUCAUCACGCCAAAGGACACGCAACCGUCCAGCUUGCUUUUGCCAAAAUGAAAACCCGUUUCAGGUGCAUCUUUCUGGACGCGCUGGAAGUGCAAGCACUCUUUGUCCCCAAGGUUGUGACGGCCUGCGUUAUAUUGCACAACAUUUGCCUUCGCGUUGGCGACGACCUGGUGGAGAACGUGAUGGAGGAGGACAACCAGCCCACCGCGGACUGUGACGGUGGCCAGAGCCCGAGCGGAGCCGAGUGGCGCGCAGCGCUGGCCAGAGAGGUUUCAACGUUUCCUGAGACACCAAUGGACCACGACUACGUUAACUAGGCAGCAAAGGUCUGGCCGACAACAUCAGGAGGAUUUAAAGCUUUUAAGGUAUGAUCAUAUAUUCAGGAUGAAUUGGUGUAUUUACAAUGUGCACCUGGAUGCAACGUUUACGAGGGACCAGGGUUUUUGUUGCAGACCACUGAUACCGAUCACAUGGAUGGACAGUGAAUUUAUAAUCCCAAUGAUGAGACCUUCUGAGUACGUGAUGUGAAAACAUGAACUUUAAAUCAUUUGAAUUCAGCACUCCAAACUGGACGCCCUGUUUCCUCAGCAGGACGCCCUAAAUGUAUCACCAGUGCCUGUAUGAGGCCCGACUCCUGGUGUCAUCUCUCUGCUUUACAUUCAAUUGUGUUUCCGCCCGGUAACUUCACCAAAUAUGAUCCAAAGUCACAGAUUCUCCAACCUUUCACGACCUUAUUUUGGCCAUCACGGUCGCCAUAUUUGUUCACCGCCGUCAUCUGGCGGUAAGUGGCGACACUGGCGUGAUGGAAGCUGCUCUUGAUGGGAUGUGUGACGCUGCUAACAGGAGGAAACCGCAGAUCAGUUCCAAAAUUGAAACAGUCCUUCACGAAACUAACUCAUUGCUUUCUAAUGGGAAUUUUCUGCGUGUUCGUCCGCUCACCGCAUCCCAGCGGCAGGCGGACGAACACACAGCCCUUUCAGAAUGUGAGCAAAAUAGCUUCACAGGGAUGAGAAUUCCCGUCGUUCUACUGACUGAAUCACGCGACAAGCCAUGAUAAAUGAAUGUUGUGGUGGUGACAGUUUAGCAUCACAGCUGAAAACAACUGCUUAUCUGGCAUCAAUAUAUGGAACAAGACGGAGACACAAGGCUGGACACACCAUGGCUUGUAGUGAGGGAAGGAAUCAUCAUCAACAUGUUUUUAUUAUUGUUAUUAUUUAAAUGAAUGAGGGUCAGUCAAGUAAAACAGUCGCCCAGAGACCCCUGCAUCUCACAGUGUUACCGUGUUAUUUGACUCAGAUGCUUGUUUGUCUGUUGUUUAUUAAGUUAUUUUGGGACAAAUAGAUGUUUACAGCUGUGUUUGUUACAAAGCAAGUGGUUAGUUGUCAGUCAUUGACGUGGUGUGUUGGGAGGGGGCGGGGUUAUGGCUUGGGGGCGGGGUUUUGGACGCCCCGUUUCACAAUCCUAGCUAAAAGCCUGGCACCUGACUCACAACCCAACCGCUGACAGUCUUCAGACACCUGGCAGGAACGGACACCUGCACCACACUGCUGCCCUCUGAGGACCGGUUUGAGGCUGUCAAGUCUUCCUCACUAUACGCUCACUCCAGAAGGGUUUUGCCAGGCGACAGGUUCUUGUAGCGUGUCAUAUGUUCAGUGUUCAUAUUCAUCACGGAAGAAGCCCUGUGAGACACCAUGUCAAAUGGGUUGUCUGAAAAUACACGUUGCUCUUCCUUCAUCAACUUGCGUCUUCAGUUCACUCUCAUAUUUGGUGCGAUUCACUGAGAUGAGCAACUGUGAUCUGUGUGCCGCCUGCGUCUCUCUGCAGGCAGAAGGUGCCUCAUGCACAGGACGGGGAGCUUCUGUUCAUACCCUCGUCUCUCCAUUCAUGAGGUUCACGUCAGGUUUUUGUGAGAAAUUAUUUUUUAAUGAGCUUCUCCAUCAAGUCAAAGAAGCGCUCGGCGCGUCUGUUGGCCUCCGCCGCCCGCCUCUCCUCCAUCUCCCGCUGGUAUUUCAGCUCCUCCCUGUACAGGGUGAUGAAGGGGUCUUCCUCCCACCUCCUCUUCCUCCCCCGUGGGGCCAGGGAAUUUCUGCUGCUGCUGCUGCCGCUGCCUCGCUCCUCUUCCUCCUCUUUCACUUCUGCUUCCUCCUUCCCGUCUUCCUCCUCCUCCUCCUCCCCCUCCGCCUCCGCCUGCUCGGCAGGCUGCACGGAGCGCAGGCCCGGCGUGUCCUCGGGGAUGGAGGCGAUCAGGCAGACGGGCAUGAGGGACGAGCCCUGUCCCAGAGCCUGGUCCAUGAGGUCAAACCAGGGCCAUGUGGCCGGGGUGGGCAGCACGUCUUCGGACCCCCAUCCUUUAGGGGGACACUUGCACUCCUGGUGUGUAGAGCGGAGAAAAUACAUCCAUGAAAACCAUGAGCACGACAGUGUUUAAGAGUGAAGAGGACUGUACUUUGUAUUUCAUCUUCAGGUUGUCCCACUUCUUUUUUGCCUGCAGGUUACUUAUUUUGCCCACUAAGCCCAUCUCCUCCAGAAUAGUUCUGGAAAACAAGAAAAAAGGCAGAUGAGUUCUUCAUCAAUACGGCGAUCUGAUCGGACCACAUUCCCAUUGAGUACUAUUGUAGUGAGAAGCAGGAUUUUGAAACAGUCCCACGUCAACCACUGCCUUCACAACUUCCUUUAUAAAAAACAAGCUGGAAACAUCUGUACAAAAAUAUAUAUAUAUUUUUAAUAAGAACAAACAUCUGGUUCUUCAUCUUUUUCUUCCUCCUCUCUUUCUUCUUCUUUUUUCAUCUUCUCCCUUCAGUGGUGGCCACAGCGGAUCAUCUUCCUCCAUCUGUCCUCUGCUUCCUCUUCUCUCAAACCUCCAAACCUCAUGUCCUCCUUCACCACCUCCAUCAAUCUCCUCUGUGGCCUUCCUCUCCACCUUCUGCCUGGCAGUUCCAACAUCUCAACAUCUUCAUCUACCAAUGUACUGUCUCUCUCUCUCUCCUCUGUCCAUGUCCAAACCAUCUCCACCCAGCCUCUCUGACUUGGUCUCCUAAACACCUGAGCACAUGUGCUGUCCCUCUGAUCCUAUCAUCAUCCUGCUCUCACUCCCAGAGAGAAGCUCAGCAUCUUCAUCUCUGCUACCUCCAGCUCUGCCUCCUGUCUUCUCCUCAGUGCCACUGUUUCCAAACCAUACAAUGUUGCUGGCCUCACCAGCCUUCUGGACACUUUCCCUCUCAUCCUUUUGUCACACAUCACACCUGAGACUUUUCUCCAAUGAUUCCAUCCUGCCUGCAGCCGCUUCUUCACCUCCUCCUCACACUCUCCAUGGCCCUGGACAGUUGAGCCUCAGCACUUCAAACCCCCCACCUGGUUAUGGUUUUAAAAUGUCGAUUCAUACAUUGUUAGUACAGUAUAAUGCACUUGUUUGUCACUAUUGCUCAGCUGCAGUUAUGAGACAUGGCAUUGAAUAAACAAACUGCAUCAUUGACCCAUGAAUCAGGUCUGCAUUACAACUGAUGAAGCCAGAGCUCAUGCACAAGAAAUGGACUGACACUGACAUGAAAUCCUGACAGUGAGAAGGUGUUGAGGAGCAACCAAGGUGAGGAGACGAUCCCAUGGACUGGCUGCCAUUCUUUCUCUCCACUCUACUGUAGAGUGUGUUGAUGCUGAUGCUGAUCCCUCCCUCAGUCAAAGCAGCGCUGCUGUGGUGCGCCGCGCUCCUCUUCCCACACACUCACAGCCAAGAAGCCGCUCACGUGCUUCAACAACUUCCAGCUGUUUCUAAAGCUGAUGCGCCUCUAACUGGACCACACACCUUCACCACAGAACCAUGGAGGGAG